CCAUAUUUCUCAAACCAUCUGCUAUUUCACCCAAACCAAAAUUUGGGUUUUUUUUAAAUCCAAGUCUUUUGCCGGAUUUCCCUACAAUUUCUCAUACACCUUCAAAUUUAUCACCUUUUUUCAUCCAAAUUCAAGCUCUUGCUCCUAAGUUUUUUUCGAACUCCGUUUGUUUUUUCACAUUCUUGUUUCGCAUACCAACAUGUCUUCAACAUCAAGCACUGUCUGUCACCCAGGCCUGAAAUCAUGCCUCGAGCCUCUUGUUCUGCUCAAAUUGAAUCCACCCGGAUUGAAUUUCCUCUCCCAAUCUCAAGAGAAAGCAUCCCAAAUCGAGAAAAUCGAUAACUUGAACUUGAAUGACAAGAAGGACAAGAAGGAAGUUGAAGUAGCUGGCUGGAGCUUCCUCCAGUCUCUGGUCAACCCAAUUCAACCCUCCAAGAGCGAAAGCGAAGCUGAGAAAGUCUAUGUCCAUCCGCUCGCUAAGCGCUCUGCUUCAGCGCUCAGUCCAGGAAGCUUGGAAAUGUGCACGGAAAGCUUAGGUAACGAGACGGGUAGCGAAAAUGGCGGCGAAAAGCUCUCACUUUUGUUACACAAGAUUGAAAGUCCUUUACUCUCACUUGGAAGUAGUGGGGAAGUUAACCCUAACCCUAAAUGUUCUACUACUACUAUUUCCACAAGUGAGAGCUCAAAAAUAUUGAGCGACACCAAUGUUCAAGCUACACCAAAGAGAUUGAAACGUAGUAGCAUAACUACCACGAAUUUCCCUCCUCCUUUGACAUCUAUCAGUGGCUCGAAUGGUGUUCAAGUGACGCCUCACCGGGAAGGCGGCCGGCUGGUUUUGAAAGCCGUCACAGUUGUCUCCCCUCCCACCGCAUAUUUCCAAGCGGAGCGCGGUGAUGGGAGACUCAGGCUUACAUUGCUGAAGCCUAACUGUGACAUUAUUGAAGAAGUUGAAGAAGACGACGAGGUUCAAAUCGAGGCGAAAAAUGAAGAAAUUGGUGGUGAAGUUGAAGAAGAUGAACUUGAUGGGAAGGUUGAAAAUGUUGAAACAGAAGAGAUGCAGGGGGAUAUUGAAAGUGCUGAAACAGAGGAGGUGGAGGGAAAGAAUGAACACUGUGUUGAAAACGAGGAUAUGGAAGGGAAAAAUGGAAAUGCUGGGGUUGGAAAGGAGAAGAAAAAGAGGCCUCCAAGGCCAAGCAGAUGUAAAGAAGGCGGGCGUGGGAACAACAAGAUGGUGAUCAAUUGGCCGGAAUCCUUUUGGGUUGCCAUUUAAGCCUUCUCCUCUAUUUCUGUCCCUGCUUAAAAUUCACUAUGAUUUUUCACUUUUUUUUUCCUUGAAAGUUUAGUCAUUUAAAUUUGAAGUUUUCGUAGCUUCGAAUUUCGAAUUAUGCUAAUGUUAGUUAUUAUCGUUAUUGGACA